GCUCGUGCAUCAAUAAAUAAAGUUCAAACGCCAAUUAAACUACAAAUACAGAAAUAAUAGUGUCACUGCAUCUUCUCAAGAAAUGGGUUUACUAUCAUUACUGCGCAAACUGCGUCCCAGCCCCGACAAAGAAGCUAGAAUACUGUUACUUGGCCUAGAUAAUGCUGGCAAGACGACAAUUUUAAAGCAAUUGGCAUCUGAAGAUAUUGCAACGGUCACACCAACCGCCGGUUUCAACAUAAAAUCCGUGGCGGCCGAUGGUUUCAAGCUCAAUGUCUGGGAUAUUGGUGGCCAGUGGAAAAUACGGCCUUACUGGAAAAACUACUUUGCGAACACGGACGUAUUGAUUUAUGUAAUUGAUUGUACAGAUCGCGAACGUUUAUCCGAAACUAACCGUGAGCUUUUCGAAUUGCUUAUGGACAAUCGCUUGAAGCAGGUGCCGUUGUUGGUGUUCGCCAACAAACAGGAUUUACCGAAUGCCAUGACCGCCUCUGAGGUAGCCGAGGCGGCGCAAUUGGUGCGUUUAGAGGAACGCACCUGGCAGAUAGUCGGCUGCUCAGCCGUCGAUGGCACGGGCAUCAAAGAGGGCAUGGAUUGGGUGUGCAAGAACAUGAAGAAAUGAAGAAGUUUAUGCAGUUUCUCAAUUGUAAGUGCUAUCAAAUCGCUUUUAAGCUACAACCACAACAACAACAGCAAGUUAAAGCAAACAAUGGCAAUCGCAUUGCACUUGUUGUAGUUCCUCUACGCAUGUAAAUUUAAAGUAUUAUUACUAAUUAGUUGAUAAUUUUAUUAGUUAGGUUACCUAUAUUUGGUUUAUAAACACUUAACUCUCAACAGUUUAUGUGAGUCAUAAACAAAUAAAUAAACAAAAAUGCUAAACUCAAGUACCACAAUCAGUUAUGUAAACAAAAUUUCCUAAUCGUGUUAAUAAAACGCAAUACAAUUACUAGGAAAU